AUGGAACAUAAAAAACCGGAAACAUUGAGAAAGCAAUUUAAUCGAAAAGUUGGAAAAAUAAAUUACUUGAAACUCAGAGAAAUGGGAAAAGGGUCAGAAGAAAAUGGUUUUGUUUACCUUAUUUCAGAUGUGAAAAGAAGCAGCAAUGAAAAACUAAUAAGAUUCAAUCGAUAUGUGUACAAGUGCAGCAAUUGGGGUGAGAAGUGGGCUUUAGAUGAUGAAUUCAUCACGAUUUACGGACUUUCAAUCAUCAAUGUUAGGAUAAGAGUUUGUGGAAUUCAAAUGAGACUGAAUAGGAAACUUGAACAACACAACAACUUAAUUAUGGUGUUAGAAACCAUUCUUCGAAGCGAAACCAGAGCAAAAGGUCAAUCUGAUGAAGUGAUUUGUAACGUGAUAGAAAUUCAUUUCUGUAUUUGGAUCGAAUCUCUAUUGCGCAACAUUUAA